AUGGAAACAUCCAUAAAAAAUAAAAAAAAAUCCCCUAGUUUCGGUAUUCCUCAUGGUCUUCCAAAUGAGGCCAUUAAGAUCUAUACUUCAUCGCGGGCACGUGGGAUCAAACCCGACAAACCUGUGUUCAUGGCCGUUGCCAAGGCUUGUGCUGCUUCUCGCGAUGCCUUGAAAGUCAAACAAUUUCACGAUGAUGCAACGCGGUGUGGGGUGAUGUCUGAUGUUUCCAUUGGCAAUGCAUUCAUUCAUGCCUAUGGUAAAUGUAAAUGUGUUGAGGGUGCGAGACGUGUUUUUGAUGAUUUGGUUGCUAGAGAUGUGGUUACUUGGAAUUCAUUGUCCGCCUGCUAUGUUAAUUGUGGAUUUCCUCAGCAAGGUCUUAAUGUUUUUCGCAAAAUGGGAUUGAAUAAGGUGAAAGCGAAUCCGUUGACUGUGUCUAGUAUUUUGCCAGGGUGCUCAGAUUUACAAGAUUUGAAAUCAGGUAAAGAAAUUCAUGGAUUUGUGGUGAGGCAUGGUAUGGUAGAAGAUGUGUUUGUUUCUAGUGCCUUUGUGAACUUCUAUGCAAAAUGUCUAUGUGUAAGAGAAGCUCAAACAGUAUUUGAUUUAAUGCCUCAUAGAGAUGUGGUUACUUGGAACUCGUUGUCCUCGUGCUAUGUCAAUUGUGGAUUUCCUCAGAAGGGUCUGAAUGUUUUUCGCGAAAUGGUAUUGGAUGGGGUGAAGCCGGAUCCGGUGACUGUGUCUUGCAUUUUGUCUGCGUGCUCAGAUUUGCAGGAUUUGAAAUCAGGUAAAGCAAUUCAUGGAUUUGCAUUGAAACAUGGAAUGGUAGAAAAUGUGUUUGUUUCUAAUGCCCUUGUGAACUUGUAUGAAAGCUGUCUAUGUGUAAGAGAAGCUCAAGCAGUAUUUGAUUUAAUGCCUCAUAGAAACGUCAUAACUUGGAACUCGUUGGCCUCAUGCUAUGUCAAUUGUGGAUUUCCUCAGAAGGGUCUAAAUGUUUUUCGUGAAAUGGGACUGAAUGGGGUGAAACCGGAUCCUAUGGCUAUGUCCAGCAUCUUGCCCGCGUGCUCACAAUUGAAAGAUUUGAAAUCAGGUAAAACAAUUCAUGGAUUUGCAGUGAAACAUGGAAUGGUAGAAGAUGUGUUUGUUUGCACUGCCCUUGUGAACUUGUAUGCAAACUGUCUAUGUGUAAGAGAAGCUCAAACAGUAUUUGAUUUGAUGCCUCAUAGAAAUGUGGUAACCUGGAACUCGUUGUCCUCGUGCUAUGUCAAUUGUGGAUUUCCUCAGAAGGGUCUGAAUGUUUUUCGCGAAAUGGUAUUGAAUGGGGUUAAACCGGAUCUGGUGACUAUGCUUAGUAUUUUGCAUGCAUGCUCAGAUUUGCAAGAUUUGAAAUCAGGUAAAGUAAUUCAUGGAUUUGCGGUGAGACAUGGGAUGGUAGAAGAUGUGUUUGUUUGCAACGCCCUGUUGAGCUUGUAUGCAAAAUGUGUUUGUGUACGAGAAGCUCAAGUAGUAUUUGAUUUGAUCCCCCAUCGAGAAGUUGCGUCUUGGAAUGGAAUUUUAACGGCAUACUUUACAAACAAAGAAUAUGAGAAGGGUCUUUACAUGUUUUCUCAGAUGAACAGAGAUGAAGUCAAAGCAGAUGAAAUUACUUGGAGUGUUGUUAUUGGUGGCUGCGUUAAAAACAGCCGAAUAGAAGAGGCGAUGGAGAUAUUUAGGAAGAUGCAAACGAUGGGAUUUAAACCUGAUGAAACAACAAUUUAUAGUAUCUUACGAGCAUGUUCUCUUUCAGAAUGUUUAAGAAUGGGCAAGGAGAUACAUUGCUAUGUCUUCAGGCAUUGGAAAGAUUGGGACUUGGCAAGGACAAACGCUCUAGUAGAUAUGUAUGCCAAAUGCGGUGGUUUGAGUCUUUCAAGGAAUGUCUUCGAUAUGAUGCCUAUAAAGGAUGUUUUUUCAUGGAACACAAUGAUCUUUGCAAAUGGGAUGCAUGGGAAUGGAAAAGAAGCACUUUCACUCUUCGAGAAGAUGCUACUAUCAAUGGUCAAACCCGAUUCUGCUACUUUUACUUGUGUUCUAUCUGCUUGUAGCCAUUCAAUGCUAGUAGAAGAAGGAGUCCAGAUAUUCAAUUCAAUGAGUAGGGAUCAUCUUGUUGAACCUGAAGCUGAGCACUAUACAUGUGUGGUCGAUAUCUAUAGCCGUGCUGGUUGCCUCGAAGAAGCAUAUGGGUUUAUACAGAGAAUGCCUAUGGAACCAACUGCUAUUGCUUGGAAAGCAUUCCUUGCUGGUUGUAGGGUUUAUAAGAAUGUGGAGUUGGCAAAAAUUUCAGCUAAGAAACUAUUUGAGAUUGACCCAAACGGAUCUGCAAAUUAUGUUACUUUAUUCAACAUUCUUGUUACAGCUAAAUUGUGGAGUGAAGCUUCAAAAAUCAGAAAGUUGAUGAAAGAGAGAGGAAUUACAAAAACUCCAGGUUGUAGUUGGUUUCAUGUGGGAAAUAGAGUUCACACUUUUGUUGCUGGAGACAAAAGUAAUAUGGAGAGUGAUAAAAUCUAUAACUUUUUGGAUGAGUUGUUUGCAAAAAUAAAAGCGGCUGGAUAUAAGCCUGACACUGAUUAUGUUCUGCAUGAUAUUGAUCAAGAGGAAAAAGCUGAGAGUCUUUGUAACCAUAGUGAGAAGCUUGCUGUUGCAUUUGGGAUACUUAAUUUGAAUGGACAGUCGACGAUACGGGUUUUUAAGAAUUUGAGAAUAUGUGGUGAUUGUCAUAAUGCCAUUAAGUAUAUGUCCAAUGUUGUUGGUGUGACGAUUGUCGUCAGAGACUCCUUGAGGUUUCAUCACUUCAAAAAUGGAAAUUGUUCUUGUAAAGAUUUUUGGUGAUUAUUUGACUCAGCCUCGUGUAAAAAACUUGGUAAGACUGCAUACAAUACACCCAAAUGGCGGGACCCCUUCUCGAACCCUGCGUAUGCUGGAGCUUUUGUGCACCGAGCUGCCCUUUUUAUUUGACUCGGAUUAUUGGGAAUAAGUCGUCACAAUGAUCCUAUCUGAGUGUGUUUUACUAUGUGUACAACAGGAAAAUACAAUUCCUAUUAUUUUAGAGAGUUGGAUACAUUAUCAAACAACAUACAAAACUAGACAUACAAUUUCUUCUUUGAUUCUCAACUCCCGCUAUCUCUCUUUGUCGUAAAACGAAGGUGGUUAUAGUUACAGCUUUAUUUUGAUUCAUUUGACGAUGAAAUCAGCAAAAGCGAAACAAAACGACGGGUCAUGAGUUCGCAUAUCCUUACCCUCCAUUGCCGUCUUCUCCAUGCCUUAAACUUUUGUACCAGGUC